AGUAUAAUACAGAAAUACUCGCUGGGCUUCAGCCCGCUGUCUUCCAAGUCUGUCGCCCACUGGGACUUUUGGGGUGAUUUGUGCAAGGCCAGGUCGAACUUGGUAGGUGCCAGUGGACGCGGCAGCGGAGGAGGUUGCUACCCAGGUGGUUAGCUCAAGCGUUUAGCCCAGUCAGAAUCGGUGGAAGAAAGAUAAACAAGCGCGUCCCGCUUCUAUGCAUUGGAAAGCAGCCUUAAUACCACGCUCAGAUCUUCCGUCCCGCGAUAUUCCUACUAUGCAGGAAUUUUUGGGUGGUUGGUGGGUUUUGUUUUUGUUUUCUUUGGUCUCUCUUCUCGCUAGAAAGUAAAGUUUUUAAAACCCCAUUUGGAGAGGGGACAUCCCUUUUCGUUUGUAGUUAUGCGGGUAAUGGCGAAACCCAUUUGCUUGAGUUUGGGGCUGCCGCAGACUGUGAAGAAGUAGGAAUAAGAAGAAUUGCAUACAGAGCUGGGCAUCCCUGCACAUUCACAGAGAUCAGAUUACUAAAUUAUCCUUGUGGUUUCUUCUACUGAAGAUGAAGCAGGAGACUUCCCGAAGAGCAGCCUAUACUGUGGAAUGUAAGGAUUAUGUGCAUGUGGUCGAAUUCAAUCCAUUUGACAGUGGCACUGCAGAAUCACUUAUUGCAUAUGGUGGCAAUAAUUAUGUAGUUGUUGGGACUUGCAGAUUCCAGGAGGAGGAUGCAGCAGUGGAAGGAAUACAGUAUAAAACUCUCAGGACUUUUCAACAUGAAAGCAGAGUUGAUGCCAUUGUGUGGAGCCCAGAAACUAGAUUUGAUGCUUUACCUCCACAUAUAAGAUUUUGUACUGCUGCUGCUGAUAGGAAGUUAAGGUUAUUCACGUCGGACCUCAAAGAUAAGAAUGAAUAUAAGACCUUGGAAGGCCAUUCAGAUUACAUUAAUGAUUUGGUAUUUUCACCUAACGGUCAAGAAAUUGCAAGCGUGAGUGAUGACCAUACAUGCAGAGUCUGGGAUUUGGAAGGAAACUUAAGAGCUUAUUUUGUUCUACGUUCUCCUGGAAUGAGUGUGGGCUGGCAUCCCGAGGAUGCAUUCAAGCUGAUGGUAGCAGAAAAGAAUGGAACAAUAAGAUUCUACGACCUUGUGACACAUCAGGCUAUCUUGUCUCUCACAACUGAUCAAACGCCACUAAUGUCAGCAAGCUGGUGCUUAAAAAAUACUUUUAAAGUUGGAGCAGUUGCAGGAAAUGACUGGUUUAUCUGGGACAUUACUCGAUCUAGUUACCCUUUGGAUAAGAGGCCUGUCCAUGCAGAUAGAGCCAGAUUAUUUAGAUGGUCCCGAGUGAAUGAAAAUUUGUUCGCUACUACUGGCUAUCCAGGAAAAAUGAUUAGUCAGCUUCUGGUUCAUCAUUUAGGCCACCCUCAGCCUAUCCUUAUUGGUUCUGCACCCUUAGGAUCUGGUUUAACCUGGCAUAGGACCCUUCCACUAUGUGCCAUGGGAGGAGAUCAUAAAGUGUUUUUUUGGGUGACGGAAAUGUGAAAAAAAUGUAUGUAUAGUGUUGGAUCAUGAUUAGGGGAGGGGAAAGUUGAAGUAAUAUAGUUGGCUUAUUUUACACUGCUAUUAUAUAGCUAUAAAAUGAGUAUAUACAAAGACAAAGAAUGUUUUCAGGGCUAUAAGUUCAGUCGGUGACAUCAGAGCAAUGUUCUGCCUGGGGAAAAAGUGUUCGCAGUGAAACAUCACUUUUGAACAAAGUUCUGCAGAUUUUAGAUGACUUGGUUUCUAGGGCUAGAAGUGCAGCUGGAUUUAGCAGGGCAUUAUACCCAAAAUCAUCUGUGCAAAUCUUGUUGAAAUACACUCUUGUGCGAAUUCUCAUUGUUUAAUAGGAAGUGCAUCCAAGAUAGAUUGCCUAUAUGGAAAGAUAUAAACUUUCAUAUCAUUACCAGCAAAGUAAUGUAGUUGGUGAAAAGUGUUAGUUCAAAUCCCACCUCAGCCUGGAAUGUUCAUUGACAGAGCACAGGAAAAUCUCUCACAGUGAAUAUUUCUUAGUAAAAAUUGAUUCCUGAUAUGAAUGCAUAUCUAUGUGAUACCAAGAAAUGUCAUGCUAACUCUACAUAGUGAGGCAUGAUAGCUCAUUUAUUGGCCUCUAACUUUUACAACCUAAUAUAUCAAGAAAAAAGUCAAAUCAAAAACAGGAUCAAAAAAUUAGUCAGUUUCUACAAAAAAAUUAAAUUGUAUGCCUAACAGAUUCUAAAUGAGAAAAGAAAUCACAUUCUCAUUAUGGAAAAUAGGAACCAUUAACAACAGUACUCUUAGUUAUCUGUUAUUAGCAAUAUCGGUAAUUGAUAACUAAUAAACAUCAAAAUACUUGUUAAGGUCAGGCUGUAUGUGAAUUAAGAGAUAUAUUUCCUGUUGGAGGAAUACUUCCCCUACUCCAUGCUUCAGAACAGAAUAUCAAAGAAAUUUAUUUUGGGGAACUUUUGUGUUGAGUACUGCAGGGCAAAAUAUCAGAAUAGGAAUAAUGGAGAAAUAGAAGGGAUGUUUGUCUGUCUGACUGCAAGAAAAGAAUACCUUCAACUUCAUCUAACAAGAAAAGAUUUUUGAACUCUGCUUCACAUAUGCCCACAACAAAACUGUUUUAGCUACAUAUACAAUACAUCUUUCAUUAAAAACAGUGCUAGUUCCUGUUAACUUAAUUAUCAGAUUACCCAUAUGAAUUAUAAAUGAGACUGAACAUUUUUAAACAUGUUUUCUGACUUAUUUUAGUACUAAUACUAAAAAUUAUAGGCUAGUAAGCAGGAGAAUUGUAGUUCAUUGUAUGGUUAUGUGCUACAGACUGAGCAGCAAAUUUGCAAUCGUUUUGGGAUCACCAAGAUGAGUAAAACAGUUGCUUGAAUAGACACAACGAUCACUGAAGUGAAGUGAUCACUGAUUCUUUUUUUGUUAAGAAUCAUUUUCCUGGGUCAAGAUCAGCUAGAACUUCAGUCUUUCCAGGUUGCUGAAUAAUGGGCAAAAUCAGUUGCUUGAAAAUUAAAAAUGCCCAUAAGCUUCCAUUCAUCAAUGUUUUUGAAGACUGAGCUGUAAUAAAGACUAUAAUUUUCACAAAUGCAGAAUUCAAACAUUAUUUAUUUCAUGUAGAAGUUAAUAGUAUGUGAUGGGACAGGGUUUUUAUAAACUCAGGUGAUACAAAUCAGACACAAAGAUGUUUUUAUUUAAACAUGUUUUAAAUUUGCUUUUCUAAGCUGCAGUGUGUCGUUUUAUUUCACAUUAAAAUUAUGACUUUAUUAGCUGUCUGACUUGUUGCACAAAUAUAACAAGGCUACAAUAAAUUAAACAUUCUGUAAAUA